AUGACGGAAACCAGCGUGGGCAAGACGGAAAACACGAUCUCGGCCGACGAGGUGGCACUUUAUGACCGGCAGAUUCGACUGUGGGGCAUGGAAUCGCAGGCGCGGAUGCGUAACUCCAAGAUCCUACUCAUCAACAUCGGGGCAGUCGCCAACGAAAUCGUCAAGGACCUGGUGCUCGCAGGUAUCGGCUCGUUGACUAUCGUGGAUGCGCACGUCACCUCUGAUGCCGACUUUGGAGCACAGUUUUUCGUGCAGGAGGGCGACGAGAACAAAAACCGAGGAGAAUCUGCCCUGCCUCGAAUCUCACAGCUGAAUCGACACGUUACCGUGGAGACGGUGGACAAGGUCAUUUUGGACCUGGACAAGGAAUUUGUGGGCAAGUUCGACCUCGUGGUUAUCACCCAGGCCACUCUGAAGGAGAUUGUGCACAUUACAACCCUGUGUGAAGAGACAGACACCACUAACAUCUGCGUGGGCAUCUCUGGUCUCUUCUCCUACGCCUUCAUUGAUUUCAGAGAGUAUACUUACAAAAUUGAGACUCCCAACAAGCCCUCGACCAUGAGCAUCCCUGAGCAGGCUACCUUGGUGGGGACAGUUGAGUUAGAGACUGGAAACUACAGUGCUUCUCUCAAGCAGAGCUUUAAGCCGUUCAAGCAGGUGCUCGAGGCUGUUCAGACGCCGAAGCCCUUUGCUCACAUGCGACCUAAGCACAAGUCUCGAAUCCCCGGAUACGUGCCUCUUCUGUUUACAGGCUGGGAGUACGAACAGACAAACCCCGGAAAGUCGUGGGGCGAUUUGAGUGCAAAGGAGUUCCACGAGCUGGGUGUGGAGCAGUGUUCGAAGCUGCAGCUGCCUCUGGGAAUCAUUUCUGAGGAACUGGCACAACAGGUGCUCACUAGCAAGGACGCAGAGAUUGCCACAACUGCAUCGAUCAUGGGAGGAGGUAUUGCUCAGGAGGUGCUCAAUUAUCUGGCCCGAUCACAGAUUCCCAUCGACAACUUUUACGUCUUUGAUGGAAUCAACGGAGAAAGUCCGAUCUACAGGUUGUAA